AUGCGGUGCAGCGGGUCGAGCACCGCCGCGGGACUGUGCCGCAGCUCGUUCAGCAGCAGCCCGUACGUUGUGCCGAGGCACGGCUCGUGGUUUGUCUCCGACAAGUCUCCCCGCAGACGCCGCAGCUCUAGCGCCUGCCGCUGGUGGUCGUUUAGCCGCAUCGGCACCGCCGUCGGGUUCGCCUGCUUCAGCUGCUCCGGCGAGACGAACGCCGCCGGCUCGAAAAGCACCGCGCGAAAGACGUGUUGCAGCGCCGUUGUGAAGAGAUACGUGUGGCGGUCCUGCGAUGCGAAGAAGUCGAGCACGAGCGGCAGCCGCACGUACGGCGCAGUGAGGCACGACAGAAGCAACUCCGACUCCUCUCCGCUCAUCAUGCCGCCAAAUGUCGGCAGCUGUGAGGCGUGCAGCACGUCGUCCUCCGUGGGCUGCUGCUGCUGCCGUGUGGUACCGAGCAGCACGCUGACGUCGAUGGGCGACAGCAACGCGAGGCCAUCACCGUACAGCAGCUCACGGUCGCCGAAGCCCUUGACCACGAUGUCGGCGAUAUCGCUGUCGCGGCCGCGCACCAGCACGCACUCCCACUCCGGCGGCGACGGGCGCGUGCGCCAUCCUGCGCUCAUCUGCCGCCCGGGCGUGUCCUCGUCGAAGGUCAGGCGAAAUGUCGCGAACUCAUCAAGCUCCUUGCGGCGGCGCAAAAGCUGCGCGUCGCGCAUCUCCAUCGUUACAAGGAACUUGGCAAGCAGCACCAUGUCCCGAAGCCGCCCAAACUCGGGGUGCUCACGGGCCAUCGGGGUGCGGGAGCUGCAGAACCACUGCAUCAGCCUGUCCAUCUCCGAGCCGGCGGCGGGGAAGCCGCCGGUCUCCUGCAGGCGGUAG